AUGGAAGGCAGUGACCAAAAUACACCAGACCAAUCAAACGUGAGAAUCUGACUUUUAACACGUCGCUCCGACUAGGUAAAGUUGUGUAAAAUUUUAAAGGAAGCGAGCUGAGGUAAGCCUCUCAUCUUUUCGCCCACUGGAUUCCUUUACAUUCACCUAAAAGUGGCCGCGAAACGUGUCGUGGAAUAAUCAUGACAUUGCCGAAAUGGGAGAGAAAAGCGCGCAUAUUUCUGUGCGUUUUCGGAUUGCUUUUGUCAGUUUAUGCGCUUCACGUCGAGCUGUCCCGAGAGAGAAACCCAGAUUACAGGGCGAUGUGCGACUUGGGGGAGUCUGUGAGCUGCUCCAAAGUGUUUACCUCAAAAUGGGGACGUGGUUUUGGCCUGGUCCAGUACUUUGUUGCUAAAGAUAACCCUCUGGACCAGCCCAAUAGUGUGCUUGGCAUCAUAUUUUACACUCUUCAGAUGGGCCUUGGAUUGUCUCUGUCCAAAAGAGCUGCAGUGUUUCUGGUCCUCUCGUCCUGGGUGUCUGUCGCUGGCUCCGUCUACCUUGCAUGUAUUCUUGCAUUCGUUCUUGGGGAUUUCUGCAUGGUCUGCGUGUCAACGUAUAUUGUCAACUUUGCAUUGCUCUUCACCAACCUGAAACGAAGGAGAGCAAUUGAAGAAAUGAAGGAAAAAGCAGGUUAGAAAGUGUCACUUGUGAAAUUCAACGCCUACAUUUUUUUUCUUUUUUUUUCUUUUCUGCUGAGCUGAAGCUGCACUGGAUCUGAAAAGCAAAACUUUCCUUCACGGUAUUUCUGUAUUGUUUAGACCUGUUAAGACUUUUCAUAGAAACAGAGCUGAAAAUGUGUCUCAGAAGAUCUGUAUGAUAAUUUUUAAUGCAGAAAUUUAUAAAGAAGUGACAGUUUUUGUAUAUCAAUGUGCAUUUGUGAUGCUGAUUACACACUACAUCCUGUCUCAAGUGAUUUAGGCCCAGCUUGUGAAGCUAACAAAAAUCCUGAUGUGGAUAAAUAAUAUUGUACAGAAGAUUACAAAAGUGGCAAAUGUGAAGGUGUUAAAGUGCAACCAUGCAGUGAGUCUAUCUAACCAGUAGAUGGAGCUAAAUACACAUGUUAUGUCAAUGUGGAUGCAGGCCAAGUUAAAUGUUUGAUUUCAAGAACACACUGAAUUUACAAUGAUUGAAUUACAUGUGUGAAUAAAAAUAGCAACUAUAACACAAAAAGUAACGUGGAUCCACAACCAAACAUCCUUAAAACCAUACUUAAACCUAAAGUAAAAGUUAGGCCUUGUGUCUACUUUAAGAUGACAGUCUCAAGGUCAGCCAUUCAGUUUUAUCAAGCUGUUCAUUAACUAACAGACCAGUAAGCUUCAGUUAUUGUGUCAUAAGCAAUACAGCCUGUUGAAUGCAGCUUCCCUCUAAUAUAAGGAAACCAGUGUUAUGCUGAAGCUUUGCUCAAACGAAGAACAAUCUUAUAAAAUAUCAGAUUUAAAGGGUUAAAUAUUUAAGGACAGCUAUUUAGUAAUAAUAAUUAAUCACAUUGUCCACACUUUUAAAAAAAUGACAAAACUCUUAGAAGAGUGCUGAUGAGGGGUUCAUGUGUAUCUCUUAGCAUUGACGGAGGGUGUGUCACAAAAUCCCCUUUAAGCCUACAGCUGAGGUUACUUGCAGCCAACAUGAAAGGUUUAAGCAGCUUUAGUCAUCCUCAUACUGUUUGUCUUGCAGUGUGGACAAAUGGCACAUUAAAAUAACAUACAUACAACAACAAAGACUUGCUUUCAGCAGAACCAAACUGAUAAAUUUGUCUAAUUUCUUAUUGUUAUUCAUGAUCUCAUCCCCUCACUCAAUUGUUCACUUAGUUUACUUCCUCAUAAGGUAACUUUCCCUAAGCAGAGCUGAUUUUUUAAUAAUCAGUCACUCAUUGGGUCAGUUGUCAUGUUUAACCCCUGAGGUCAACAGGGAAAUCUGUCAUGUCUCGAAACUGUGAAGAAAGGUUGCAUUUUUCAAGACUUGAAAUAAAGUAUAAAAUUAUCCUA